ACAUCACCCUUCCCAGACUACCCCUACCCAACACCAGAACAAUGCCACCACAUCGAGAAAGCGCUCGCGAAAUGGCAUAGUUACACCCCACGCCGACGAGCGGGGACACCGAGCGUACAAGGCGAGAGCGUUGCUGCGAACUGUGGUGCGGUACCGACUGUACUCGACGCACUCGUCCGGACGCUUUUGAGCCAGAACACGAGUAACCGGAAUUCAAGCGCGGCUGCGAGGGGGCUAUAUGCCCGCUUCGGACGGAAUCAGUGGGAUAAGAUCGCGGAGGCGGAGGUUAGUGAGGUGAGUGAUUCAAUCCGGAUGGGUGGGUUGGCGAAUAUCAAGGGGAAACGGAUCAAGGCCGUCCUGGAAGAAGUCAAACGUCGACACGGGACCCACAGUCUCGAACACCUCCGCUCCCCUGACAUCACCAACGAACAAGCCAUGCACGAACUGGUCUCCCUCCCCGGUAUCGGUCCCAAAACGGCCUCGUGUGUUCUUUUGUUUUGUCUUGCGCGUGAGUCGUUUGCGGUCGAUACACAUGUUUUUCGGCUUACGAAGAAGUUGGGGUGGGUUCCAUCUAAAUCAACGAGGGAACAGGCGUUUGAGCAUUUGGAUAAGAGGGUGCCGGAGGAGUGUAAGUUUGGGUUGCAUGUUUUGUUGAUUCGGCAUGGGAGGGAGUGUGGGAAUUGUAAGGCGGAGGGGAGGGGA